CUGCCCCUCCCCCCUCCUCCCUCCUCCUACGCAUUUAGGAGCAGAAACAGAGCUGGGAAGAGGUUGACGAUUCAUCUUUCCCACCCCCUCUCCCGAAGGAUCAUCUCUAUCCCCAGAGCGGCCGCGAUGGGGAAGAUCCCGCUGACCUACUGGAUCCUGGCCGUCUCCGUGGUCACCUGGAGCGCCGGAGCCCUGGCCAAGAAACCCAAGCCCCGGCCCGGCGGAGGAGGCUGGAACAGCGGCAACCGCUACCCGGGCCAGCCGGCCAACCCCGGCGGAUGGGGUCACCCCCAGGGCGGGGGGGCCAGCUGGGGCCACCCCCAGGGCGGGGGGGCCAGCUGGGGUCACCCCCAGGGCGGGGGCUCCAACUGGGGUCACCCCCAGGGCGGGGGGGCCAGCUGGGGUCACCCCCAGGGCGGGGGCUAUAGCAAGUACAAGCCGGACAAGCCCAAGACCGGCAUGAAGCACGUGGCCGGGGCGGCGGCGGCCGGGGCGGUGGUGGGGGGCCUGGGGGGCUACAUGAUCGGCAGCGCCAUGAGCCGGCCCCCCAUGCACUUCGGCAACGAGUUCGAGGACCGCUACUAUCGGGAGAACCAGAACCGCUAUCCCAACCAGGUCUACUACAGGCCCGUGGACCAGUACGGCAGCCAGGACGGCUUCGUCCGCGACUGCGUCAACAUCACCGUCACCCAGCACACCGUCACCACCACCGAGGGGAAGAACCUCAACGAGACCGACGUCAAGAUCAUGACCCGCGUCGUGGAGCAGAUGUGCGUCAACCAGUACCGGGCCGAGUACCAGGCCCGGUCCAGCGUGACCUUCCUGUCGUCCCCCUCGGCCGUCGUCCUCCUCUCCGUCCUGCUCUUCUUGGCGGUGGGCUAGGGCGGGGGCGGCCGGGGGGUGGGGGCGGAGGGGGUCUCCCGCGCCGGGCCGCCCCCGCCCCCGCUCCGUCCCGCGGAGAGGGAAGACUCCUCGGCGGUGAUUUCCCGCUCUCCUCUCCGUCGCCUCUAGGUUAAGCGCUUAGUACGGUGCUCUGAGCACGGUGAGCCCCCCGCCCCCCCCCCCCAGCUUCAAGCCAUAUCCGCUCGGCCCCCGCGACGGGGAGACGUCCCUCCCCUUCCCUCUCACGCGACCCCCGUGUGCUCCUCGGUGGGGUUUCGAGGAGGACGACGACAGAUUAUUGGGGAAACGAAAGGAUCCGUCGGGAGGUCGGUCGUAUUUACGCUGAGCGCUUGGGAGAAUCCGACAGAAUGGUAUAACGGGCCCUACGGUCCCUGAGCGCUUAGCGCACGGUGUGCUUUGCACUCGGUAAGCGCUCAAUAAAUACGAUGGAAUGAAUGGGGAAACCGGCUCCCGCCGAACUGCCCCCGGGACCCCCCCCCCCCCGCCCCGGUUCGGGGGGUCUUACGGGGAUGAAGCGGGAGGCGGAGAACGGUUUCCGUUUUCUCCGGCCCGUGAUUUCCGAGCAGACCGGUCCAGCCUAGGGGAUCCCGUCCCCUUCGCCUUUCGGAACCACCCGCCCCGUGCUUAGGGGUGUUUCUGCCCGGUCCGGAGGGAGCCGGUGGGACCUCCCCAUUGAGCCACCCGCCCCCCCCCCCCCCCCCCCCCGACCAACCCACCCUAUUCCUUGGGUCCGGUGGAGGGAGAAUACCAACACCCCGGAGAUCUGCAGCCCUUCUCCAAAUAGCGGCGCGUGAGCACGGAUGCUACCGGGAGCCCAUCCGCCUCCGGGAUCAGCCAGACGCCCCCUCUGCCACAGGGUGUUGGGGUGCGUGGCGCGGCACCCCGUAUCAGAUUUGAUGGGGGGUGGCUGUCUUUAGCGAUCCUAGACCACCUCGGGUUUGGGAAGGUGUGAUUUCCGAAAGGAUUCCCCCGACGGGGUCGCCGCCCGUUUCGGUGUCGAAAGAUUCGCUCCCCAGAUCCGACGCCACUCCCUCCGGCACAAGUUAGUCCCCAGAGGUUACGUCUGUCGAGUGGGCCGGGGGUGGUCUUGGGGGGCCGAAGGAGGCGAAUGGCUGCUGGUUUCGCAAAGCGGCAGUCGCUCUGUCCCUGACUGUCCCAAGACAAUUCACAAGAGGUUAGAAGACCGGUGUUUUCUCCCUACCUGUCCAAGACCAACCAGGGGACCCGAUAAACAUCUUAAGAUCCGUUAGAAGACCGGUACUUUCUCCGUAUCCAGCCCGAGACCAGGCCGGGGACCUGAUAAACAUCCUGAGAUCGAUUAGAAGACCGGUACUUUCUCCAGAUCCAGCCCGAGGCCGGCCCGGGGACCCGAUAAACAUCCUAAGAUCGAUUAGAAGACCGGUACCUUCUCCGGAUCCAGCCCGAGACCGGCCCGGGGACCCGAUAAACAUCUCAAGAUGGAUUAGAGACCGGGACUUUCUCCGUAUCCAGUCCGAGUCCAGCCAGGGGACCCGAUAAACAUCUUAAGAUCCAUUAGAAGACCGGUACUUUCUCCGUAUCCAGUCCGAGUCCAGCCAGGGGACCCGAUAAGCAUCUUAAGAUCCAUUAGAAGACCGGUACUUUCUCCGUAUCCAUCCCGAGACCAGCCAGGGGACCCGAUAAACAUCCUAAGAUCCAUUAGAAGACCGUAUUUUCUCCGUAUCCAUCCCGAGACCAGCCGGGGGACCCGAUAAACCUCUUAAGAUCGAUUAGAAGACCGGUACUUUCUCCGUAUCCAGCCCGAGACCAGCCAGGGAACCCGACACACAUCUUAAGAUCGAUGAGAAGACCGGUACUUUCUCCAUAUCCAGCCCGAGACCAGCCAGGGGACCCGAUAAACAUCUUAAGAUCGAUUAGAGGACCGGUACUUUCUCCGUAUCCAGCCCGAGACCAGCCAGGGGACCCGAUAAACAUCUUAAGAUCGAUUAGAAGACCGGUACUUUCUCCGUAUCCAUCCCGAGACCAGCCAGGCGACCCGACAAACAUCUUAAAUCGAUUAGAAGACCGGUACUUUCUCCGUAUCCUCCCCGAGACCAGCCGGGGGACCCAACAGACAUCUUAAAUCGAUUAGAAGACCAGGGCUUUGGGCAGGAGAGGAAAAACCAGGAAAUUCGAUUUCACGCCAACUCGACAUCCUCUGUCAAGCAGUCUGGAAAAAUUCAACUCCGAGGGGGCGGCGUCUGUCAAAACGUCAAAAGGGCGUAAUGUUGAAAAGAGUGAUUAUCAGAGGGUAACGUUUUCCCCUAAGUUAUUAAGGAUCGUAGUUCCCGUCUUUUUCGUCGUCCCUGACUUUCAAGGUUCCGUGUACGUAUUUAUCAGUGAAUGCCGGGUAGAAUAAAGUCACGUGUUUGCUCAGAGCAGUUGUCAGGAUGCGAUAAACUGCGCGCGUAACAAGAGAAUAACUAAAACGCAGGCGGGGAAAGCUAAUCUGUUCCGUUCUCGGUCGGGCGAUGCCGAAUCAACCCAAACUGCACUUGUAGGAGGUGGUCGUCGAAAGUGCAUGAACUUUGUGCUGUAAGAACAUUUUCUAUAUUUGUAACUUUGCAUGUAUAUGUUUUGAGGUGCAGAAAGUUUUAUAAAUGUUCACUAUCUAACUAAAAUUAAAGAGAAAUAAUCAGAUGCUAAA